AUGGCAGCCACUACUCCAGAAUCAUCAAUUGAAAAAUUCAGCGACACUUUGAACAACAAUCAAGAAACCAUUCCCUCUCAUGAAACAGGUGGUCAAAGUAUCCCAUCAGCUAUUCAAGAUGAAUCUACUGCAACUCAACCUCAAUCUGGAAAUGACGACUCAAUUGUUGCUCAGCAAGCUACAAUUCCUGAAACUACUAUUACUGCCCCUGCUGCUGCUGCUACUACUUCAGAUGAAGAAAUGAAACCAUUCUCAAAGUAUGAACAAGCUGUUCAAUUAAGAGAUAAAUUAGAUUCAUUAAUCAGAAGAACAGUUCAAACCAAAAAGAAAUGUGACAAGCUGGACCAUGAUAACAAAUAUCUACAAGAAUAUGUUGGGAAUUUGAUGAAUAGUGGUGAUUUUUUAUCUAAAAAGGUUUGA